CACUGUUUUUUCCGAGGUGCAGUGAAGGCGUGAUGAAUCAGUGGAGGGGCUCAGAGUCCGAGGACAUGUCUCAUGUGCGGAGAGGACAGGAGGAUGAGCUCAGUGUUAUUAUGAUGGUGUGUGAGCAGACAGAAGGUGAGACAUGUGCGGCAGAAAAGCUGCGUCUCGUCUGGCCUGAAAACAGCCGGGACAGUCCGGAGCGCCUGGACCGGGAGGACCGGGCUUUUUUUACCAAUACGGACCCCAGAGGAAGAGGAGGAGGAGGAGGACGAGGAAGACGCAACAUGUUUGAAGCCGCAGGGAUCCCUCUCAUCCUGCUGGAUUUGACCUGCCUCAUCCUCGUUGGACUUCCGUUUUUCAUCCUGACCCCACAACACAACCCUUUCAAACGGGGCUUCUUCUGUAACGAUGAGUCCAUCAGGUACCCGCUCAAAGAGGACACCAUCUCCUACCAGCUGCUGGGAGGAGUCAUGAUCCCCUUCACGCUCAUUGUGGUCGUCUGUGGCGAGUGCCUUUCCGUUUACUUGUCUCGCGUCAAGAAACAGUCUUUAGGGACCAAAUAUGUGGCGUGUGUCUACAAAGCGGUGGGGAGCUACGUGUUUGGAGCCGCGGCUAGCCAGUCCCUGACAGACGUCGCCAAGUACUCCAUCGGCCGUCUGCGUCCUAACUUUGUGGCUGUAUGCCAACCAGAGUGGGAUCGUAUUAACUGUAAAACUGGAGGAUACAUCGAGAACUUCACCUGCACUGGAGACAAGUUUCUGGUGGAUGAGGCCAGACUGUCCUUCUACUCUGGCCACUCGUCCUUCUCUAUGUACUGCAUGCUGUUCCUCGUACUUUACAUUCAAGCCAGACUGCUGUCACAGUGGGCGCGGCUCCUGCGUCCCAUGAUCCAAUUCUUCCUGAUUGCAACUGCUGUGUAUGUGGGUCUGUCCCGGGUGUCUGACUACAAACAUCACUGGAGCGACGUGUUCACUGGCCUCCUGCAGGGGGGUUUAGUGGCUGUUUUCACAGUGUUUUGUGUGUCUGACUUCUUCGAGCAGCCGGCGGAUGCGGUGGUUUCACAGGAAGAAGAUUCCUCGCCUGCCACGUUACAUGAAAGCCCCUCCAUUUUGAACCACUAUGGCAGCACUGACUGAACCCAAGGCCUCACAGGCAAUUCUGUUCAGGGCCUAAAUCUCUGAGAACCACCAGAGUGGACCUGAACACAUCACAGGUCUUUGACUUCCACCGCCGGCUGUUUCUGUGCAUCUCAUCAACACAGUUUGUCUCAUGGAGACAACGCCGUGGCCCGCAGGUUUACUUUGUUGUCGCUGGUAAACUUUAGCUGCAGGGAGAAAAGUGUUAUGCAUAAGGCAGAACUCGCACUUUACUGAGAUAUAAAGAAGCCAGAAUUUCUUCAAGUUUCUGCCUGAAUCCCACAUAAUACAAAUAAUCAUGGAAUGACGCCGCAAAAUACAGUGGAGCAUGUGGGUUCACAGUGUACACUUGUUGGAAAUGUGGUUUCUAGUUUAUAUUGGUCUGACGCUGCCAUCCUUGAAAUUCCUUUUGCCCAGAAUAUAAUGAGCGUCUGUGUGCGCACUGCAAGCAGGCUUGUAGAGAGCCUGGCACCUGUGAAGAAGAAGAAGAAAACCUGGACUCUUCUUAAAAUGAAAAUGGAGCAUGAACUCCAUAUUUUAUUUAAAUUUCUUUUGCCUUGGUCAGAUUGCUGCUAGCUGCUGUUAUGACCCUCACCUGAUCCUAUCACACUGUACUUUAUGGAAAAGACAGUGGAUUCAUUUGCAUGUGUGUUUUUUGUAUGAAGCGCUCUGUGUGUUUUUGUCCACGCUGAAGCUUUCAACAGAGGCAGUGCUGGAAAAAACUAGACAAAUAAAAGGAGAUUCCAUUUUGCUACUUA